AUAUAAAUGUGGACUUGUAUCGUAACGGAAGACCAUUCAACCGACUUCUGAUUCAAUAUCGCUUUCAUACAAUCUUAUGCUCCAUCAUUGUAUAUUUUAUCACUAUUCAACAUGGCUCCAGGAGUAUUGACUGAGACUCCACCAACCAAUUUGGAACACAGUGGGACGAAAAAAAGUCACACUGCUCAGGACAACUAUGGAAACUACUUUCCUGUGGAGCCCGAGAAACUCAGCCUCGAGUCGAAUUAUGGGCCCAUGAAGCCUGGUACUGUUGGCUAUCUUCAACCAACGUCUGCCGAUACUCCAAUCGAUGUGAUGCAUGAGCGCUUUAAGCGAGAUGGGUAUCUUCAUAUCAAGGACCUUCUUCCCAAGGACAAGGUCCUACAAUGUCGAAGAGCAUACUUCGAACACAUGUCACCAUCUGGGCUCCUUAAACCAGGCUCGGACCCGGUCACAGGAACGUACUGUGGUGCUGACUCUCGAAAGUAUAUGCCACCUGGUAACCUUCGUCGUCUCUUUGGCUUGAAGGACGAUCCUGAAUCGGACAAAUACGUGGAGCUUAUGAUAAGCGCACACGAAGCGGAGUUUUACACCAAUUUCUGUGAGAUAAGCGAGCUUCGAGACUUUGUCAGAAAGUUUACAGGGUGGGAGAAGGAAAUCAUGCUUCAGCGAACUAUGUUGCGGGCAUUCGUUCCCAAUUCAGAGUUGACGCCAGUACACUACGAUCAGAUGUACUUGCGUGGUGGGCCUCCCACUAGCCUCACCGCUUGGGUUCCCAUUGGUGAUGUCUCGCUCGAAGGUGGAGGUCUGAUGUAUCUUCAGAACUCCGACGACAUUGGCCGAGCAACAGAGGAGGAAUUUGCUCGAAAUGCUGGAAACUUGACUGAAGAAGAACGCGUUUCCGCUUUCAAUAAGAACAUGAAUGAUGGCGGGUUUUUGAGUAGGGAUACAGUUGAAUUUGGUCAGAAAGUACAGCGGAAAUGGCUGAUCACAGAGUAUGAGACUGGGGAUGUUAUUUUCCAUAACCCAUUUAUGGUCCACGCAAGUUGCAAGAACAAGGAUCCCAAUAGUUACAUUAGAUUGGCGACAGAUCUGAGAUUUGUGAACCCGGAACAGCCUUACGAUACGAGGUGGAUGAAGGUUUAUAGGCCUUUGGAUGGUCUAUAGCCAGCUUUCUUUUUGCUGCAUUCCCGC